AUGGGUCUGCGUAAAGGUGCUGGCCAAGGACCUGUUGGUACCAGCAGGGUGGAGGUUAAACAACUACUAGACGAACUUGAAGCUAAGGUGGAAGAAGCGCGCGCCAAAGGUGUUGAGGAUGAUACUGCAGAUAAGCGCGCAGCUGAGGCUCGAGCCGAGCGCUGCAAGAAGAAAGGGAAGAAGGGUCGGAAAGCUGAUAGUUCGGAUGAUGAGGUGGAGAUAGAAGUACAGGAGACGGGAGAAAGAAGGAAAUCUUCAAGAAGAUCCGCAGCCAAGCCUAAAAAGGUUGCUGAGGAAAGUGAGGAAGAAGAAGACGAAGAAGACGAAGAAGAUGAGGAGGAAGAGGAAGAAGAUGAAGAUGGUGAGGACCAAGAAGAAGAUAAUUCUCGUGGAAAGAAGAAGGAAGAUAAAAAGAAGAAGAAAGAAUCUGAUGACGAACAACCUGAAAACCGACGAAGAAAGGAUAAAGACCAAGAAGAGACCCCGGUCAAAGGAAGAAAAGAGAAGAAGGCGGAAGAACUUAAGAAGAAGAAAAGCAGAGUUAUAGACUCUGAGGAAGAUGAAGAAGAAGAAGAACCAAAAAGAAAGGAAGAAACUCCGGCUAAAGGAAAGAAAGAACAGAAAGAAAAUGAGAAGAGAAAGAACAGCAGAGUUGUAGAAUCAGCAGAUGAUAAAGAAGAAAGCAGAAAAGUAAGAGGAAGGAAUAUUGAACCAACACCAGCAAAGGGAAAGAAGAAAGAGGACGAAAAGAAGAAGAAGAGUAAAGAAGUAGCAUCCGAAGAAGAAGAUGAAGAACCAAAGAAAGGACGUAGAGGAAGAGAAACAGAAUCAAGUGCGGAAGAUAGCUCCCAAGAGAGAGAGAAGAGAAA